AAUUAAUUAUCAAAAUGGUCUCCAAUUCCCAUGUUUUAAAAUAUUUAUGUUUUAUGAUCUUUUCAGGUACAGGGUUUGGUCAAGAAAUAUGUGAUAGUAACACAGGCCCAGUGUGCUGUGAUGGCUAUUACAAGGAUCAAAUUACAGGGAACUGUACAAGCUGCAAACCAGGAUAUUUUGAUUUUAAUUGCUCAAAAAUGUGUGGAUAUCCUACGUACGGUGACAAAUGUCAGGAAAUAUGCAGAUGUAAUAAAAUGUUUUGUAAUUUUGCCUUUGGAUGUCGACUGAACACAGAUAUGGCUGACACAAGUGGUUCCCACACCUCGACGGAACCCUUGAGUCCGAAGGUCAGAUCGUCACUUGUUUUUUUGACGAGAAUAACUUCAAUAGGAAUCAAUUUAGAUCGAAGCUAUCAAAUACAGGACAUAGACACUUAUACUAAAUCAGAAAUUAUUAUUGAUAACGAAAAAAUCAAUUGGAAAACCAAUUCCAAUAUUUCCACUGCAAAUUCUUCGGGAUUUCCAAGUUCUGUGAUCAUUGUUUCAAUUAUAUGUUCUACAUUGUUGUUCUCUGGACUUGUGUUUGUCGUGAUCAUAUUGUUAAGGAAAUUUAUUAAUAUAAGAAACAGAAAUGUUACUUUUCGAAAUGAUCCAGUAAAUGUAUCAGACACGAUGAUGUCAGAUUAUGACGUACUGAACAACAGAAAUGUGUUUAGAGGUUUAGCUGAAAUUUCUAUCGAUUACAGUGAGAUAACUCAAUCUUACUCUGUCAAUUUUAAAACAAAACCUUUGGACACAAGGCAGCCUGGUAUAAAUAUACCAGAUUCGGGCCAUGUGUAUUUAGAUUUAGAUGACAGUACGAAAUAAUUCUUAGAGUUUAUCGAAAUAAGAAAGCGAAAAUAGAUUGGUUUUUAAUGAAAGAGGAGAAAGUGCUGAAAAUAAAAACAUGGCUUGACCCGUUUACAAUUUAAAUCAAAUAAAA